AUGGCUGCGGCGCAGCUGCCGAGCGACCUCGCUGCCGCCUGCCAUACGUCUGCUUUGCUCCUCGCGCAGCAUGGACAAGCUUUGCAGCAGGUGCUGGCAAGCUUACAGGCGGUCCUGGCUCAGGCCGCAAAGGCAGCUGAGGUGCCCAAGGACAGCGACUGCGGCUUGACCUCCUCCGGAAAGCUGGAGAAGAGAGCUGACGAGGUGGAAGUCGUCGAGCCGAGCCACGGAGGAGACACAGGGAAGUCGAAGCAAACCAGGAAGCCUGGUGAGACGACUUUGCCUGCAGCCACUCCAACGGCGUCGCCACAGAAUGGCUGUGACGGCUGCGUGGCGUGUACGCCGUGCGCACCACAGCCGCAGCAGGCUCAGCAGCCCCAGGUAUGUUCCGGAUGUCCAAGCUGCCCUCAGAAAGCAAAGGGUUGCGGCAAAGGUCGAGGAUGGGAACCAUGGCCCAAAUUCUACGAUCCAGAGCCGCGUUUUGAUGGUUGGACCAGCUUGGAGUGGAAGGACUGGGUCUCUUCCAGCUGUGGCUCUCGGUGGUGCUACAACAAGAAAGCCGAAGCCGACAUGCUCGCAGAGUGGAUGGUGGAAACUUGGGGCCUCUCAAACCUGCAACGAGGAUCUGGCGAUGCCCAGCUCCCUGAGUGCCACCAGGGCAAUUCGGGCAAGCCAUGCCGGCCAAGCCAGCCGAGCCGAGCGUCCUUGCGACACUUGGCUGUUCUGUCGUGCGCAUCCCUGGCUCGGCCUAGCAGGGCAAGAGCGGAACGGCCGAAGGGGCAGAAGAAUAAGGCCAAAGUUGCCCUCAUAACAGGAGCAUCGACAGGAAUCGGCAGGGCGACAGCGCAAGAGCUGUGCCGCAGCAGCUCGUAUUCAACAGUCUUCCUUGCUGGGCACAACGAAUCAAAAACCAAAGCGACUAUUGACGAGAUAGGCUCGCCUUCAAAGCUGGAGUAUCUCCCGUUGGAACUUUCUUCCUUUCAAUCAGUUCGGCAAGCCGCCAAGCAGUUCCAGGAUACGGGCUUACCUUUGCACACCUUGGUUUGCAAUGCAGCCGUGAUGGCGUUGCCACAGAGGCAUGUCUCCGUUGAUGGCAACGAACUCCAGCUCGAAGUCAACUACCUGAGUCACUUCUUACUCGUUAACUUGUUGAUACCGGAGCUUUCGAAAGCGGGAACCGAUGAUGAUCCUGCAAGGACGGAUGAGCUAGAACACGAAGGGAUCAUGUGCAGAUGCAUUCCGAACUUGCUUUGCGUGCCCGUUGACACGAGGAUUAUCAACGUGUCAUCCUCGGCACAUUUUGUCCGGAGUCCACUGGCCUUUGGUGACAUGGCGGACCUGAAUCUAUCAGCUCGUGAUGGCGAUAGAUAUGCAUACUACCCCUGGACGGCAUACGGGCAGUCGAAGCUUGCACAGGUGAUGUUCACCUACGAACUCGCUAAGAGGCUGAGAGCUCAGAGGCUGCCGAUCGUGGCCAACGCGUUGGACCCUGGAAUCGUGGAUACCGAACUGCAGCGUUAUCUACCAACCAAGGCACCGGCUGCACUGAUGAAGUUGGCAAAGACACCCGAGCGUGGGGCGGAAACCUCGGUGCUCCUGGCGACUGCUGAAGCUGGACUGUCUUCGGGUGGAUACUGGGUCGAUGGACAGCUAUCGGAAAGCUUGGGCCGUGGGAAGUCUCCGAUGCCUAUGAACUCCGAGCUCGCUGUGGAAGGGACGACCUCCUACGAUGAAGGUGCUUGGCGGGCGCUUUGGCGCUGCAGCUCUGAGCUGGUUCUGGACAUCGGUGGUGAGCCUGGAUUCCUUGCUGCAUCGCUUCUCGAUCGAGGUAUAGCUGUGACAGUGGUCGACGGGCACUGGGGGAAGACGGGCAAGAGUAGCAGCCACACGCAACUGCAGCAGGCGAAGGUAGAUGGCCCGUCGCCUCAACUCCGGGCUAUCUGCACCACCUUCGAUGCAGACUUCGUAGAAGAUCACAAAGAGCUGGUGGAGAAUGCUAGUGCCAUUGUGUCCCUGUAUGGGGACGAAGCAACAACGCCUUGCCUGCAGUAUGCAGCCAUCGCAAAGACACCGUGUGUAGUGAUCCCCUGCAACGAGUGCGUGCGCUUCUACCCGCCUCACCAGCGCAACUACGAGGGCUAUUGUCAGGCCCUGCUGUCCUUCGCCAACGAUCAGGGUGGCCGGUUCCAGCGUGCAGCCCUGGAGGGUGCACCGUUUUCCCGUAUGCUGUUGGUGCAGCUGCCAGACUCUGACGAGUUUCGGCAGACUCGAGAGAAGCUUGAGUCGCACUGGCAGCAGACACAGCAACAGUGGCAGCAACAGUGGCAGCAGCAGCAGUGGCAGCAGCAGCAAUGGCAACAGCAGCAGUGGCAACAGCAACAGUGGCAACAGCAGCAGUGGCAACGGCAGCAGUUGCAGCAAGGCAACCAGCCGCUGUGCCAACAACAGCAAUGCCACCACCAACACAAUAACACUCCAAUGUAG